AUGAGAUAUCUAGAACCCUGCAGAAUCAAACACACUGAAGAUACUGAAAAACAAACAGAGCUGAUGGAAGAGAACAAGGAGAGUGAAGAACUGAGUAAAGUCGUGGAGAAACAUCACGACAAACCUGGAAAAGGUCGCUCAAAGAAUAAAAAUACAUUUUUAAAGAAAAGAAGAGAAAGGGAAACUUUCACCUGCACUCAGUGUGGAAAGAGUUUGACAACCAAAAAUGGUUUUGAGUUUCACAUGAGAAUCCACACUGGAGAGAAACCAUUCACUUGUGAUCGAUGUGGAAAGAGUUUCUCAGAGAAACGCAGUCUUGAAAUUCAUGUGAGAUUUCAUACUGGAGAGAAACCGUUUGUGUGUGAUCAGUGCGAAAAGAGAUUCUCAAGCAAACAAUAUCUUGACCUUCACAUGAGAAUUCAUACUGGAAAGAAACCAUUCACAUGCAAUCAGUGCGGGAAGAGCUUCACACAAAGACCACAUCUUAUGGGACACCUGAGGAGCCACACUGGAGAAAAGCCAUAUUCAUGCGAUCAGUGUGGAAAGUGUUUCCCAUUCAAACACAGUCUUGAUGUUCAUAUGAGAGUUCACACUGGAGAGAAGCCAUUUAAGUGUGAUCAAUGUGGGAAGAGUUUCAGGCAAUCAGGAGGCCUUAAAGGACACAUAAGGAGCCACGCUGGAGAAAAGCCUUUCUCGUGUGAUCAGUGUGGAAGGAGAUUCACACGCGAACAAAGUCGUGAGAUUCACAUGAGAAUCCACACAGGAGAGAAACCGUAUACGUGCCAUCAAUGUGGGAAGAGUUUCAAGCGAUCUGAACACCUUAAAUCGCACAUGAAAGUCCACACAGGAGAGAAGCUGUUCACAUGUGAUCAGUGUGAAAAGAGUUUUUCUGUAGCAAGCAGGUUAAAAGUGCACCAGAGGAUUCACACUGGAGAAAAACCUUACAAGUGUUCACACUGUGACAAAAGAUUCAGUCAGUCAGCAAAUCUGAAAACACACGAGAGGAUCCACACUGGAGAGGCUGCAUACAUGUGA